AUGGCGCGUUCACAAGAAGGUCGGGAAUGUAACAGGGAUGUGCUUGAGGAUGGCCAGGGUGGAAAUGGGGCGCACAAAUAUAUCUGCAGUGAAAGAGAUGACCGAUGCGUUUCGGUUUGGCGCCGUUUCGCUCUGGAACGAGCGGGGUUUCUACCCGCCUUGUACUGCCUCGUACCCGCCCCCUGCGGUUUACAGCGGGUGGGCAUUACAGAGAUGGAAUUCCGGCUGUUGCCCUUGUUUCACGUCUUGUUUCAAGUCUUGUUUGACGUCUUGUUUGACGUCUUGUUUGACUUCUGUACACGUCGAGACGUGUAA